GGUCAUAAAAUGUGAUCUCAUCUUAAAGUUACAAGUAUAGACAAACACAAUGUGCUUACACCAACAACACACAAACAAUUAUAAUAUUUUAUGUCAUAAUUGAACACAUUCCAUUAAACUUUCACAAUGCUGUGGAAAAAGUAAUUGAACCCUUGGAUUUAAUAACUGGUUGAUCCUCCUUUGGCAGCAAUAACCUCAACCAAGUGUUUCUGGUAGCUGUGGAUUAGACCUGAACAACGUUCAGAAGGAAUUUUGGACCAUUCUUCCUUACAGAACUGCUUCAGCUCAGCCAUAUUCUUAGGAUCUCUGCCUGGUGUAAAUGGCUCUCUUGAGGUCAUUCCACAGCAUCUCUAUUGGGUUAAGAUCUGAGUUCUGACUGGGCCACUUCAAAAGGUGGAUUUUAUAGUUGAUUUAAUUCAAUGUUUAAGGUCAUUGUCCUGCUGCAUCACCCAACUUCUACUGAGCUUCAGCUGGUGCACAGCCACCCUGACAUUAUCUUAUAGGACAUCUUAAACUUGGGAAUUCAUUUUCCCUCAAUGAUGGCAAGCGGUCCAGGCCCCGAAGCAACAAAGCAGCCCCAAAUCAUGAUGCAUCCUCCGCUGUACUUCACCGUUGGGAUGAUGUUUUCAUGUUGGUAUGCGAUGCCCAUUUUAUGCCAUAUGAAGUGUUGCGUGUUUUCCCCAAACUAUUCAACCUUAGUUUCAUCAGUCCACAAAACAUUUUCCCAGUAGCGUUUUGGAGUGUCAAGGUGGUCUUUGCCAAACUUCAGGAGCACAGCAAUGUUUUUGUUGGAAAGCAGAGGCUUCCUUCGUGGAGUCCUGCCAUAUACACCAUGCCUGUUUAAUGUUUUCCAUAUAGUAGACUCAUGAACAGAGAUGUUAACCAGUUUCAAUGAUUCCUUCAAGUCUUUAGAUGUCACUCUAGGGUUCUUUGUUUACCUCACUGAGCAUUCUGCGGUCAUCUUGGCUUGACGGCCACUUCUAGUGUGAGUAGCCACAGUACUAAAUCAUCUCCAUUUACAGACAAUUUGUCUAACUGUGGACAGAUGAAUAUCUAAGCUCUCCAAGAUAAUUUUGUAACCCUUUCCAGCUUUAUGCAAAGCAACAAUUCUUGAUUGUAUGUCUUCUGAGAUCUCUCUCUUUAUUUUUUUUAAAUUUUUUUUGGUGAGGCAUGGUCCACGUCAGCAGAUGCUUCUUGUGAAUAGCAAACUCAAAAUGUUUGAGUGCUUUUUAUAAGUCAAAGUAGCUCUAACCCUCACCUCAUUAACUGGAUGCCAGGUUUGCCAACUUUUGACUCUAAUUAGUAUUUGUUGAUAUCAUUAGCCUAGGGGUUCACUUACUUUUACCACAGAAUGUUUAAUGGGAUAUGUUCAAUAAAGACAUGGAAGAUUAUAAUUGUGUUAUCUUAAGCACAUUGUGUUAUGCUUUGACUUUGAUGAAGAUGAGAUCACAUUUUAUGACCAAAUUAUGCAGAAAACCAGCUAAUUCAAAAGUGUCCACAUAGUUUUUCUUGCCACUUUAACUUAACACAGAUAAGGUCAGCAAGUUUAUCACACAAAAAGUCAUGUUAAUAUGUUUAAUGUUUAUGUCUUGUGGCUAUACUUUUGAAACAGUGAGCGUUUUAAUGUUUAUAAGCUGGUCGAAUUGUAAGUGCCUUACUGUAACUGCGAUUUUUAUUUAUUUUUAAUAAACGAGGGACUAGUCAAAAUUAUUUUUGUGGUAAUCAACAUUAUGCCACAAAUGCUGUGGAUCAGAGUUUGAAUCCGGGACAUUGUGGCUUAAGCAGAGAUGUUUUACACCAUGAUCACAACCUCCGCUAUUUUACCACAGGAGAGAGCGUAACGGUCAUAUAGCGUGUUACGACAGUACUCCACCGUUUGCAGAUACCAAACAAAUUAAUAGGGAGAGCCGUAAACUGACAUCUACCUGUCGCAAAAUUGUCCGUGUCUUCUCUUAUAAAACAGCAAUUUUAUCGUUGUAAACUCCACACAUAGUUCAUUCCAAAAGGAUUGUUUAGUGUAAAACAUGUUUAAGGUUAGCGGACAGACGGUCAAUUCUUUAUGUGAAUAGCUGUUUCUUCACAAAAGAAAUGUAUUCAGCACACUGAAGCAUCUUCUCUGUUAACAUCCAUUCAAACAUGCUCUGGUCACUGUGUUUGCAACUGUGCUGUCCUCCUUCACCUGUAUGCUGUCUAUUUCUCUUACUUUGGGUAUCAGCCCUUGGAAAAAAAGAAAAAAAAAACAUUUGGUAGGCUAUAGUACUAUGCAUUACCUCUUUAAUGCAAACAUCCUUUGAGAUUUGGGACAAUGUUUAUGCUUUUGACCCCACAGAUGAAAGGCUAUGGUCUGUAGAUUUUCAUCAGUCCAUUAAUCAGUUCUUAGAGUUAUCAACCUAAACACAGACUGUGUCAGAAUGUCUGUUGAGAGAAACUGAUGUCACCCUAAAUGCUCAAAUGUUUGUAGUUUCAAAUGAUAAAAGAUCAUCGCUCCACUAGAUAGAGGAUUAACUGUUUAUCUGGGAUUAUAGAAGUGGCCCCUGCUUGGUUCCCUAAUGCAUGCGGGUUAAUAAUUUGAAGCUUAAGACCUUCUAAAAGCACUCUAUUCAUUCUCAGAGAGCUUCAUUUCAGUGUGGAGAAAAGCUGGAUCACAAGUUUGUUGGUGUUUCACGAGCGCUAGAGCACAGCAUGAAUCUACUAUUUGUUUUGAAAAAGCAUGUGCUGAUGUUUGUAUCCAAAUAAAGACUGUUCAGUUGGAGACUACUGGGGAAAACAAUAUGGAUCAGGUAUUUCUACUUAUUUACACUUUUCUGCUAGUUUGUCAGUUUAGUGAUUUAAUACAAACCAUGCUUGACAAUGUACAGUAUGUUAACAUUUUAAAGGGAUAGUUCACCCAAAAAUGAAAAUUCUGUCAUCAUUUACUAGAUAUGGAUAUGGUAUUUUCAAACCAGCAUGACUUUCUUUCUUUCUUUCAUGACACUAAAAGAGAUAUUAAAGCAGAACUUUAUUCACUAUUAACUUUCACUGUUUCUUUUUUUCAUACAAUGAAAGUAAAUGAUGACAGAAUUUACAUUUUUUUGGGUGUACUUUCCCUUUAAUGCAUCUACUGUCUGUUAAUUCAUGUUUUAAAUACAGUUAAUGCAAUGUAUUUGUCCUUACAGGAAGUUUCAGUUGAACAGGAGCAUUUGUUGUCCAUUGUUAGUAAUGCUCAGUGUGGAAGAAUGGAUGAACAGCGCUGCUCUUUAUGUCCAAGAACACCACAAGUUCAUCCCUACAGCCAAGAUCCUGAUGAGUUUUUCCAGCUCCUGGUCAAUAGUCAGAGUCGACGAUUAGAUGACCAACGAGUGACUCUUACUACGCUACCAGGGAUGAAGGCAUUCACCAUCAAAGAUCAGAAAGAGGGAAAUACACUGAAGGCAAACUUUGGUCAGAUUUGCAACAUGGUCGGUAGAGCUAACAGUUUCAGGAGAGGCAUCCCUCCAAAAAUCUCCCUGACCCCUGGGUCACCUGGCUCUACCAGAAGGGCAAGUUUCAGUCCGGCAAGUCCCACUCAGACCAAUUCAGAUGCAUUUAACACGCUCCCAUCUAAAUCAGCCUCUUUCAGCCCAAUAUCAGACAUGGACAGAAUGCAGUAUGAAGGUUUGCAAGUCGAGCAGGACCAGCUUUUGAAUCUAGUUAGUCAAGUACAGCGUGGACGUAUGGACGAACAACGCUGCUCGAUUAAUCCCUUAUCACCUUCUCCCAGAUGCAUAGAUAACAACCAAUUAGAUCAAGAUGCUGAGCAGUUUUUUAAACUUAUUGCGAACACCCAAAAUCGACGGUUAGAUGACCAGCGAGCAACAUUCAACUUGCCAGGAACACAAACAUCUUCUCAUGUUACUGGUCAGGACUCAGAUCAACUCUUCAACAUGAUCUCCAGAUUGCAAGGCUCUCGGAUAGAUGAUCAGUGCUGUUCUGCUCCCCAAAUCCAGCUGGGGUCUCCGGCACCCCCAAGGAAGUCUCACUCUCGACCCGUUUCCCUGACUAAUCCUCCAUCUGAAUCAGUCUCACCCAGUAAAUCAGCAUCAUUCACUCCUGACUCAGAGGUAAAAAACUCUGCUGAUCAGGAUCAGUUAUUUUCCCUGGUGCAUCAUGUACAGCGAGGGCGAAUGGAUGACCAGCGUUGCCCGUUUGAACCCAGCAAAAAGACUUAUUCCUCUCCAAAGAGCCCAAACACUAGACCCACAGUUGACGACCCAGACCAGUUUUUCAAGCUUGUAGCCAACUCUCAAAGCCGACAACUGGAUGACCAGCGUGUGUCACUCAGCUCAUUGCCAGGUUUCCAGCCUUCCAGCUUUGGGACUAUGGGGAAGAAAAAUAAAACAUCAGCCCCGCAGAUCGUCUUGACCCCCGCAUCACCUGCAGUGCCCAAAAAGACUUGUUCCAGACCGGCUUCUCCCACCCUGACAGAACCACCUCUCAGACCUCCCCCCAGAUCAGCCUCAUUCAGCCCAGUGUCGGAUAGGGAGAGAUUACUGUAUGAUGACACGCCCACGCAGAUAACGUUUCAAAUUUCCAUGUCCUUUUCCCAACAGCAGAGAAUAGGAUCAGAUAAUCAACCGUGCCAAUUCCCUAAAGUCUUCCUCACAGUCGGACAAGCAGGAGAGGCUGUUGUAAUUCCUCUCAGCCCCGAACACGGCAGACCGGUUUCUCUGAAUGUGAACCCACCCAGAAAGCAUUGCUCCAGGUCUGCAUCCCCUUGUAGGUCUCCUGCCAGUCAGAGACGCUCAAGACCUUCCUCUCCAAACCCAGAAGAUGCGACGAGUCAAAUCAGCCAAUAUGAGGACUACUUCUCUUUGAUCCAGAAGGUUCACACCGCUCAGCUGCAACAGAGCAAUGGACGAGACAGAGAGACAAGCAAGGAGGCUAGGAAGGGAAAAGGAAAGAGUGGGGGAAGGAAAGAGAAGAAAGAUGGAGAAAAAAGAAAAAAAUAGAGAAAAUAAGAGUCAUGGUCAAUUCAUAUGUCCAUUCACACUGGUUCAGCUGUGGAUGAAUAUCAGUAUUACAAAUCAAGCUAAACAUUUCAGUUUAGAGAUCCCAAAUAUCCCAUUUCCCCCCAAAAAUGUUUGUUUAGCAUUUCAAAAUAAGCAUUGGAAAACAAGCUCUCUUAUAAAUGCUGCGUAAUACAUUCUUAAGCACUGUUUUUUUCCACAGCUCAGGGUUUGUGUAAAAUGAUUGACUGUAAUGUAUUUUGUGUGUCAGUGUAUGUAUCAUAUGAAGAUACAAAAUAUGUAUAGUAUUUAUUUAGACAAAUCUGUUGUGAUGGAUGAUCAAUUAGGCCUGUACUGUCUUUGUUGUGUUUUGACAAUGGCUUGUGAAUGAUAAAUAAAUAAAACAAGACUAG